AUGGACCAACCUGACAUCGUGGUGGUGGACAAAGGGCAGAGGACAGCCGUGGUGGUGGACAAAGGGCAGAGGACAGCCGUGGUGGUGGACAAAGGGCAGAGGACAGCCGUGGUGGUAGACAAAGGACAGAGGACAGCCGUGGUGGUGGACAAAGGGCAGAGGACAGCCGUGGUGGUGGACAAAGGGCAGAGGACAGUCGUGGUGGUGGACAAAGGGCAGAGGACAGCCGUGGUGGUGGACAAAGGGCAGAGUACAGCCGUGGUGGUGGACAAAGGGCAGAAGACAGCCGUGGUGGUGGACAAAGGACAGAGGACAGUCGUGGUGGUAGACAAAGGGCAGAGGACAGCCGUGGUGGUGGACAAAGGGCAGAGGACAGCCGUGGUGGUGGACAAAGGACAGAGGACAGUCGUGGUGGUAGACAAAGGGCAGAGGACAGCCGUGGUGGUGGACAAAGGGCAGAGGACAGCCGUGGUGGUGGACAAAGGGCAGAGGACAGCCGUGGUGGUGGACAAAGGGCAGAGGACAGCCGUGGUGGUGGACAAAGGGCAGAGGACAGCCGUGGUGGUGGACAAAGGGCAGAGGACAGCCGUGGUGGUGGACAAAGGGCAGAGGACAGUCGUGGUGGUGGACAAAGGACAGAGGACAGCCGUGGUGGUGGACGUGGCAAUUCCAAGCGAUGGUAACAUCCGGAAAAAAAGAACAUGA